AUUGGGGAGUAUCCCCCAGAGUACAAUCCGAGAGUGCACGGUCCUUAUUAUCCCAGUCGAUAUUAUGGAAAGGCUGAUACGAAGUUUACCCAAGUAAAACUUGGAGAGAUGGGUCAAUGGCUUGGCCGUCGUAACUAUGAUCCUCUUUCUAUGCUUCGUUGCAUUGGCAGAGGAUGGACUCGUUGGCAGAUGAAGUGGAUGAUGCCAAAGAGGGCUAGCAUAGCCCCAGUGGUUCAAUUCUGCAUGGGUGUCUCUCUGUUUUUCUAUGUCAACAACUACAGAAGA